CACUCUGUCAUCGCCCUGUCAUUCUUGUUGUCAUUCUGUCUUAUCCAUUUAUUCGGUUUCUUUGAGGAAAUAUGUGGAUUUUUAAACAGCUGGACGCGUCGAUCUAGUUCAUUAGGGUGUAUUUUCGAAGUAUACUCGGAAUUGAACAUUUUCUGAUUUAUAAAGCCAGGGAUUUUGAUUGGAGAUCAUGUCGUACUGCUCGUUCCAGGCGCAGCUCGUGUCCAUCAUGGACAUUGUCGCCAAAGCGGCGGUAGCGGAGAUCAACCGGCGAGUGGAGGAGAGCUGCGCGGUCAUCCGACUGGAACUGAGCCGCAGCCGGAAGGACAUCGAUGCUCUCAAGAGGAAAUGCGUGAUUAUGGACAGCGAGCUGAGGAGGGUCAAGGGACGGGGCAGGAGGAGAGUGUGGAUGUGUGGAACGUCAGAACGCUUUCCUACACCCUUCAAGACGCUGAGAGACGCCGACGCAGCUGCGAUCAGAGAUCAAGACCAGAAUCCAGAUCAGACGCACAACAUCCAACAGACCGUCUGUUCACUGGAGGAGGGAAUCGGAGCUCCAGCGAUCAAACAAGAGCAACAGGAACAGGAAUCAGGCAGCGGCGCAGGAGGGAAUUGUCUCUUCGAUCAUGAGGAGCAGAACAUCCAGCAGAUCCAAGCUCAGGAGAACAUGGAGAACCAAAAACCACCGUUAGGAGCUUCAGAGAUCCAAAACACACAUUUCACUCAUUCACAGACGCACGCAGAGCGAGAGAAACGUGAAGAAGAGCGUCUAAACGUUUUGGGACUUCAGGUUAAAGCUGAGAAGGACGAUGAGGAGCCGAGAGUUCAUCUGAGGUUUGCACAGCUGUGGACUGCGGUCCCCGAAACAAGUGCCGAGAUCCAGGUGGAAAACACAGAACGGACGUUUCCGAUGUCACAAAACACGACCGUCUUCAGCACAGAAAUGUCCAGAAACACUCUGCAUCCUGUGGAGACACAGAUGGAGCUGUAUGAGCCUGAACAGAUCAAUGCAAACGAUCAAAUGAUGAGUGCUGUAGUCGACACGGUUCACGGGCCGCCCGCGAGCGUCCGCCGUCUCCGGACUCGCUGGCGCUCGAGUGUGGACGCGGAGAAGCGUUUCAGCUGCUCGUUCUGCGAGAAGAGCUUCAGUCGGUUCAGUCAGCUGAAGGAGCAUCUGCGCAGUCACACGGGCGAGAAGCCCUUCGCCUGCGCUCAGUGCGGCCGCAGCUUCACCAAACACUGCAACCUGAUCCGGCACGCCGUGGUGCACAGCGGAGAGAAGCCGUACCAGUGCGGCCAGUGCGGGAAACGCUUCACGCAGCGCUCCAGUCUCAAAUCGCACCAGAGGACGCACUCGGGCGCUUGGGAUCAUCACAGCUGGAAAAUGUCAAACAGCAGCAGCAGCAGCAGCGCCGUGUUUGAGAGCAAACUGAAGUCGGUGCUGGAGUCCGCGGUGUCGGAGAUCCUGCAGCUACACGAGGACGGACUGAUGCUGAUGAAGCUGCAGAUCCGACAGAGAGACGCGCAGAUCGGCGCGAUGAAGAGCAGAGUCUCGGCGCUGGAGAGACUCUUACAGCGCGUCACCACAGCCAGCAGCACGGGGUGUCCCAUUCAGAAACCUGCUUUUCAUCUUCAUCAUGAUAGAAAUCUACACUCCAACCAGACAAACACUGAUCCAGAGCUUCAUACCAGUGCAGAAACACACACACAGAUCACCUGCGCAGACAGAGAGGAUGUGCAGCUCGCCGAAGACCUCGACGCUCCUCACAGCGAGGAAGACUUCGGUGGACUGCUGGAGGUGGAGAUGAAGCAGAGCUUCCCAUCUGAAAUCACAGUUUCGGACCGGCAGGACAACACAGAACCUACAGCAGAUUCACACUGCUCGCAGAUGCCUGCAAACGCAGACGCAUGCGCAUACGCAUCUGCGGAAAGCAGCUCAUCCAUCACUGCUAGACAAACUUUAAACAACCUCAGCUUUGAGUCCGUUAACCACAACUCAUGGACCGACAGGACAGAACCAGACCUCAUCCGAACGUUUCCAGAUGAGAACGUAAACCGCAGCUGCGCAGACAGACGUGCAUUUGCUACAGCGGCGCACCGGAGAGAAGCGGUGCAUGAGAAGUGGUUCAUCUGUUCGUUCUGCGGGAAAAGUUUCGACCGCUUCAGUCACCUGCAGAUGCACCAGCGCAUUCACACCGGAGAAAAACCCUUCCGCUGCGCAACCUGCGGCAAGAACUUCUCGCAGCAGAGCAACCUGCGCACGCACCAGAAGAUACACCGCAAGACACGCACGUACACAUGAAGACUAGGGAUGCACCGAGUCUCUUCCGACCAGUUCUGUAAACUCGGUGCAUCCCUAGAGAACUGAUUAGAAGAGAUUCAAGCUGUAGGUAUCGGCAGAUAUCAUUCUGAAUAAUCGGUUAUCAGCUGAGAAACGUCCCAUCGGUGCAUCUCUAGUGAAACAUACUGACAUGCUACUGAAGAGCGACCGCUGUGCCUUUCAUCGACUGUUUCUGUAUUUUCAUUCACAUUAACAUUUAUUAAAUCUCUUCACAGAUCAAUCAUCUUCCUUUCUUUCAAUAAACACUUACAGAAAACAUAUCUAGUUACAGUCUGGACGUUAACACUAGUUAGCAGAGUAAAAAACACCUACUAGUCACCAACAGAACAUUUACACAAGAGUAGUAACAUUUACAAAUAGUGC